AUGACAAAUAUUUCCGAAUCCAACGAGGAAGAUGCCAGGCAGAAGCUGAACGAACUGCAGGACCUAUUCCAGAAACGCAGAGAUGCAGAUAGCAAGGGUGACCAAGCACAAGUAUCAGCUCUGGACCGCGAAAUUGUUUCUGCGAUGCAUAAUGUAGGCAACGCUUACCCCGACCAAGAGUCCAAGGAUGCCUGGCAUGCAAAGGCCAGUCAAUACGAGUCCAGCUCUGCGGAAGAAAAGGAAAAUAUUCUGAUGCCGCUGGCAAAGGGCUUGGGCAUCUUGAUCGCUGCGCCUUUUGCGGUUGCUGGUGGGGCGAUAUUUGCCGCCGGUGGGAUUCUGUAUGGUGCUGGCAAGACUAUCCAGGGUGUUGGAAAUCUCCUCACUGGAGGUGUGUUCAACCACUGA